GAAUUAUUCUAUGACGACUAUGAUAGACUAGAUCUACUCUAGAGUCUAGACUAGUCUAUACUAUAGUAUUAAAGUAUAUACUAGACCUAUAUUAAUAUAAUCUAUAUUACUAUAGUAUAUACUCAUAGACAUCUCAGAAAUAGUAUGAUCUGACUAAUGAUUCUAAUCUCAGAAUCUGAGUCUGAUUUGUUGUGUAAUCUCAGUACUGUAACUAGUGACGCUAGUGACCGCUAGUGUAACUAACAAGACAAGUGUAACUUUACUGAGUAGUUGUGGUCAGAAGGAAACAAUGGAGUUUCUUAAAGCUCUUGAGGAGGCUAAACAGCAAGGUAUUUCUAAAGAAGAAUUUGUCAAAAUAUGGGACAGUGAGGUGCGGCUUAAGCUUCAAAAAGAGGAAAGUCGAAUCUUGGAACUUCGACUUGCUGCUAAUGCCACUUUGAAGGAUUCAGUUGUACCAGAAAAUUUUCUGCAGAAAAUAGAAAAAAUGGUGAAAGAUUACCUUAAGAUUCAACAAGAGAAGAUUCUUGAAUUAAAGAAUAAUAUUCUCUCUCAGAAUCAAAUACAGUAUCAAGAAAUAGCUAAGCUUCUGGAAACACAGGCUGGCUUGAUUGGCCAAGUGAUGCGCUGUGAGCUUGACAGGGCUGUCCAACAGUUACAUUCUGGCAGCGUGGCUAGUGCUCCAACCAUUGGACAUGUUUCAGGUGCUGCUGGGUUGGUAGGAGCUGGUUAUGGUCCUUCUCAUCCAACCAGUUUUAACUACGUCCCAGCACAGACUAAUGAUAUGUUCAUGAGCCCGGAAAAUGGAAUGUAUCCUGCUUACCAUGGGGAAUCUGAUUACCCAGGUGAUGGUAAAGGGAGACAUAGUGUCUCACCAGAGAAUGCUCAACAGAGCAAGAAAAAGUCCCAGCCAAAAAAAAAGAAAAAAGUAAAACCUGUUGUUGCAAUUCCAGAGAGCAAUGAAAAUAUUGAAUAUUUACCUUUGGAUGGCUGUGAAAUCACCCUAGUUGAUGCUCAGCUGAUGGCUUCUUCUGGAAACUGCUACAUUUCACCAUAUUACAUUUUAGAUGAUUGCCCUUCUUGCAAAGUUCGGUUGAACCUGUGGUUUGGUAGUAAAAGUAUCUUGGUUGCAAAUCUGUCCAUUAUGGGAACUUCGAAUGAUCCAUUGCCCAUUGCAAGAAUAUUUGAGUGUGUGGGCUAUGUUAAAAAUAAAAACUCAGGUGCAUUUUCCCAGUUGUUUGAGAUAGUGAGCCAGCCCUUGAGGAGGCUCAAGUCUAACAAGGAGAAUCAAGCACUAGGCUCUGUUUGCCUGAAAACCUCAGGGGGAUCUUUCAAGGAUGUGACAUUUCAGGAUCUUGAAGAGAGAGGCUUCAUCAUCAACAAUAGUAUUGUCAUUAAAUGGGUGUCUGAGUCAUUUGAAGCUAAUUAAUGCAUUUUCAUUUUUAGUUGCUUUUAUGUUAUAAAAGUUAGGUUUAUACAUUUUCUUAUGAUACUGGUACCACUAAAACUGGAUAACAUUUUUUAAAUUUAAUUUAUUGUAGGCGAUGUAUACCAAUUUUACGAAAGCUUUUUAAUUAGUUGUUUUGGUAUGCCGUAGUCAUUUUUUUGUUGAACUUAAAAUCUACAACUUCCAUAAGGAAAUAUGAAAAAGGAGUCUCACUACAAGUGGGUACAGUAAAAAUGGUGUUAUCUUUGCCUCCUUUUCAAUUUCAAAUAUAAUUUUACUAUACAAAACUAUCAGUUAAAGUAUUAGAAAAUAGUUUUAUACAGUGUGAAUGUCUAAACAUUGUUUUAAAUCUUGAAACAUUUUGGGGAUGAAUUUAUAAUAUUUUAUUCUGAAAGAAACUGCAAAAUGUUUGCCUAAAAAAAGAUUAAUACUUCUGGUUUUGAUUGGAGUCAACAAGCAGUGGCGGCCUUAGGGGGUGCUGAGUGGUGUCCCGUGAUAAAAGUCUUGUGGUCACCGUCAAUGCAUUGUACAAAUGUGGCCUGAAAUGACACUCAACCAGGGUCUCUCAUACUGCUGAGGCUGCCUCUGUCAACAUGUUUAACUUAUAAUGAACUAAAAUUACAUUUUUAUAUCUAAGAGCUUCUUUAAGUACCAUGUGCUUAGACUUUUUCAAUUUUUGUUUUGCUUAUGUCUCAAAUAUAGGACCUCUUUAAAGUUAUUCUCUUCCAAUGAAGUUUUAUUGGCGUCUCAUUUAUUUUUUUUAAAAUCAAGAAUUGUUAUUUGGUGCCUUUUCUUUUUCUUUUCUUCAUUUCACAAUAUGUUUAUAUUCAGAAGUAGGAUUGGUGAAAAGCCAGAGGCUGCUUUUGUUACACUUAAAAUAAACUGAUAGAUCAUGAUUUUUUUAAAUAAUAAGAUAUGUAUUUCUUUUUUCUUUUAAAGCUAGAUGGCUGGAUCAUGCCAUUUGAACUUUGUAAACUAAAAAUAAUUGAUUUUGUUACUUCUUUUUUGUGUAAAUUACACCAACAUGUAAUUACAAUGUUCUGGUUAUAGGUGCUCUGAAGCAAUGAAAAUAAACUUCUUAUUUACAUGAAUGAAGAAUAUGAUAUAUUAUACAUAAAAUUAUAUGUACAAUAUUUUACUUAAAUAUUUUUCUAAAUAUAAGCAGCUUUCUUAUAUUUUCAGAAUUUUUUGACCUCCUAAGCUUUAGAAAACUUGUUGAGGCUGUUGUAUUACAUUUAAAUAUUGCUGAUCACCGAGCCAUGAGAUUAUAGUUAUCCACUUUGAAUUAUAACUUUACUUCUUAAUUUUACUGGUAACAGUAUGAUCACAUGCAUUGUACAUCAAAAUGAUUAAAGAAGACAUUUUAUAUAUUACUAAUUCCUAACUGUGUCACUGUGGUUAUAUAUCAAGGAUAGGCCUCAUUAGUUUUGUGACAAGUUUAAUGAUUGUCCCAAUAGAUGUAAAAUGUCACAAAUAUAAAAAGAUUUAUAUAUAGUUAGGACUGGGGCAUUUAGUUUUCAAUCUGAUUCUUUUUCACAAGCCAUUAUCUUUACCUUAUCUCAUGUACACUUCAGCCAUGAUUUUAUCUUGAUUCUUGACCUUCAUCUCAUAGAAAUGUAGUUUUUGUUACCAGUAUAUACAUACAUUGUUAUAUAUAUGUGUGUGCAAACAAAUGUAUUGAAAUUUAUUUUUUUUGUUUGCAACAUGUGGUUCUUGUUUUGUUUCUUAAUGCUACAGUAACAACAGUUGAUUUUUGUGAAUGGAGUAUGGCUCACUGGGCUUUUAGGCAUUACAUAAUUGAAUUUGUUUUUCAAAGAUAUCUAUUGUUAACCCUGCAGAAAAAGUUUUUUGUUUUUUUUUUAAUCUAUGUUUAAUGAACUUGACCCUCUUCCCAGAAAAAAAUGAUUUUGUCCAACACUGGUUGACUACUACACAUUAUUGUUUAAGUUUAAUAGCUCAAGUUGCCUAGGCCAGGAUACAUAUUGGGCACGACAUGUCCUAAAUUGUGCCAUGUCCUAAAUUGUGCCGAUGUAUCAAAACCCCAAAAUUUUAAAUAACAGAAUACAUAUUAUAGUAUGACAGGUCUGGACUUGAACCUCUUAUGUCUUGGCUAUGACCUCUACCCUGUUCUAUCUCUGUAAAAAAUUCUUAGAUUGAAAAAGGGUUAGGUAUUAAGAGCACUUAAUUGUAUGUGUGUGUAAAUUACUAGUAGGAAAGUAUUCUAGAUUUGUCAAUAUAUUGUAUUGAAUGAAAACAUGUUUACGAGUACCUACAUACAUGCUAUAUGUUUCUGCUUUGUCUGAGGGAGUGUUUCCUUUUACUCUUUUGUGUUUUUUUAAAUAAGUUCUGGACUACCAGAAAUAUUCUACAAACAGGAGUAUAUGUGUUACAUUCCUUUUUGAAUAGUUCAAGAUAUUGCUAAUGACUUUCACUGCCUAGCCACUAUUGCCUCAUUCUUCCGAGAAGAUGGGGCAAAAACUCAAACUCCAAGAAGAUGAGAAUUUUAGAGUUGAAACUGUUUAGUAGCAAGUGGCAGUCAAUGGAGAGGAUUGUUUUUUGUUGUUGCUUGUCUUUUAUUGUUAGUGUGAAAGUAGAUUUGAAUUCAUCUUCCAUCAUGUAAAUGUCUUUUCAAAAGGGAAUGUUUCCUUCCUAACAAAAGUAGUUGUGAAACUGGAGUUAUCCUUCUCUUCAAUUAUCAAGGGAUGUGAAGAGUUGUUUUCAAGUGUACUGUAUUUAUGUCUUAUUCGAUAGUUCAGAACUUUAGUGAUGUGUUUUUUUUAUAUAUACUUAUAUAUUUUUUUGUUUCAAGAUUAAAAUAAUUAUAGAGUAGCAAUUUUUUUUUAUAAACAUGAUUUUUUUUAAAAAACUUGGAUGUAAUUGAUUUUUUUUAGAUGAGAUAAUUGUAUAACUGCUAACUAUUGGUAUAGUGAAUCAUUCUCUUUAUUUUACCUGUCUUUUGCAUUUUAAUUCAGUGAAAUUUGGCAUUAUGUUAUUUAGACGAAAAUAAAGAGCAGAGAACUUGCAGCAAGUCUAAAUAUA